AUGCAAGAAUACGAAUCAUUCGACCAAUUCAACCUCUUACCCAUAAUGAAGGACGGCAUCAAGGAUGACCUUCUGCGAGGAAUGGUGGAAAUCAAGCCAACGCCCAUCCAGAGGCUUGCUAUUCCAGCCAUGCUGGGCCAGGCUAGCGCCUUCAAAGUCCGGGGCGAGAAGAGGCAAGACUUUCUACUUGCUGCCGAGACUGGUUCUGGCAAGACGUUGGCGUACAUGCUGCCGGCCGUCAACGCUAUGAAGAUCGCUGAGGAAGCCAACCCUGAGAUCCAGUCCUUCAUGAAGCGCUUCCAGGAGGAGAAGGAAAGAGAACAGAAGGCCAACAAGGGCCCCAAGUCCAAGAAAAUGUCUGCAUUCGAUGAGCCUCACCCGACCAUGGCUAGACCUCGCAUCAUCGUUCUGGUCCCUUCUGCAGAGCUCGUGGAACAGGUUGGAAAGGUGGCCAAAACCCUGUCGCACGCCGUCAAGUUCAAAGCAGAGGUUCUCUCCGCCAACCUCAAGGCCCUGACGAUCCAGCGCAAUCUGUACUCGCCGCGUGGUGUCGACAUGGUUGUCACGACGCCUCACCUGCUAGCCUCGAUUGCCGAGUCCGAUCCCAACGUCCUCUCUCAAGUCACCCAUCUGAUUGUCGACGAGGCGGACUCGCUCUUUGACCGAAGCUUUGCCCCCGUUACCACGACCAUCAUUGAUAGGGCGAUGCCGUCCUUGAAGCAGUUCAUACUCUGCUCAGCAACAAUACCCAAACGACUGGACAAUUACCUCGCCAACAACUUCCCCAACAUGACGAGAAUCACAACGCCGAACCUUCAUGCUAUCCCCAGAAGAGUUCAACUCGGUGUCAUUGAUGUUGUCAAGGACCCUUACCGCAACAACAAGAACCUGGCCUGCGCCGAUGCCAUCUACACUAUUGGUCGAGAAGCCUCCAAGCACGAGGGCCCGAUCCAAGGUGAAAUUGACGUCCGCCGAAUUAUGGUGUUUGUCAACGAACGUGAGAAGACAACGGAGGUUGCUGAAUACCUUCAAUCUAAGGGCAUCGACGCUAUUGCGUUGAACCGGGACGCAGCCGAGAGCCGCCAGUCCGAAAUGCUGAAAGCCUUCACUUCUUCAGAACCCUUGCGCGCAGUGUCAUCACCAGAGGCCUCCGUACCAGGCAAACGAUCGCUGCCCAACACCAAGGUCAUUGUUGCCACCGACUUGGCCUCUAGAGGUAUUGACACAUUGGCUGUCCGCCACGUUAUUCUUUACGACGUCCCGCACACUACCAUCGACUUUAUCCAUCGCCUGGGAAGAGCGGGUCGCAUGGGACGACGUGGAAGAGGCAUUGUGCUUGUUGGCAAGGAUGACAAGAAGGACGUCGUUGCCGAGGUUAAGGAAAGCAUGUUCAUGGGUCAGGCACUUAUCUAG